AUGGCAGCCGAGGGAGGCGAGACGCGGGGCGGGCCGUCCGUUUUUUUCCUGCACCCGGACCUGGGCUUGGGGGGCGCGGAGCGGCUGGUGGUCGACGCGGCGCUUGCGCUCCGCGCGCGCGGCUGCCGGGUGCAGAUCUGGACGCCGCGCUACGACCCCGCGCGCUGCUUCUCGGAGACGCGCCAGCUGGAGGUGCGGACGGCGGGCUCCUGGCUGCCGCGGAGCAUCCUGGGAAGGGGCCACGCGCUCUGCGCCGCUCUGCGCAUGAUCGUCCUGGCGCUGCACGUGCUCUUGCUCAGCGGGGAGGAGUUCGACGUCUUCGUCUGCGACCAGGUAUCUGCAUGCAUUCCAGUUCUCCGUCUAGCCCGGACACGUAAGAAGGUUCUCUUCUACUGUCACUUCCCCGAUCAGCUCUUGACCAAGAGGGAGUCCUUUAUGAAAUCUCUCUACAGAGUCCCUCUGGACUGGUUGGAAGAGUACACAACUGGUAUGGCGGACUGUAUCCUCGUAAACAGUCGUUUCACUGCAACCAUCUUCAAAGAGACAUUCAAGUCCUUGUCUCACAUCGAUCCGGAUGUCUUGUACCCAUCCUUGAACAUCGCCACAUUUGAUACCGUCAAUCCUGCAGAUGUGGCCAGCAUCGUUCCCAACAGGAAAACGUUCUUGUUUCUUUCGAUCAAUCGGUACGAAAGGAAGAAAAAUCUCAUGUUGGCUUUGGAAGCUUUACACGACCUUCGUGGGAGACUGAACGCCCAGGAGUGGAAGGAGGUUCAUCUAGUUUUGGCUGGUGGUUAUGACAAAGCAGUUAAAGAAAACAUGGAGUAUUAUGAAGAAUUGAAACUUGCCGCUAAGAAGCUGAAUAUCGGUGAACAAGUCACUUUCCUAAGGUCUUUUUCAGAUGAACAGAAGGUGACUCUUCUUAGUAACUGUACCUGUGUGCUGUAUACACCAAGCAAUGAGCAUUUUGGCAUCGUUCCUUUGGAGGCAAUGUAUAUGAGAUGCCCGGUCAUUGCAGUAAAUUCUGGCGGACCUUUAGAAUCGGUCGUAAACACUGUGACAGGUUUCCUGUGCGAUCCUCUUCCAAAUCAGUUUGCAGAAGCCAUGGAGAGGUUUGUUAGAGACCCUGCUUUGAAGAGGACCAUGGGUGCUGCUGGGAAAGCCAGAGUUGUAGAAAAGUUUUCUUCAGAAGCAUUCGGUGAUGAGCUGUACCAAUAUGUUCAAAACUUAAUAAAAUGA